AUGUUGUGGAUUAAAGACCCACUCGUGAAGGUGUUGUUGCCGGAGAUUGAGCCUUAUAACAGGGGCAUUUAUGGCCGGGACAAGAUCGUGCCCUUGAAGGACGCCGCCUCAGCCUCCGACGAGGACCUCCCUAAGUCGUGGGACGCCUUGGACGACUAUGACGACGAUGACGACGACGAAGACGAAGAAGACGAAGACUACUACGACGACGAGGAGGACGAAGAGUACCUGCUGGAGGACGAAGAUGACGAAGACGAGGAGUUUGAGUAUGGGUCACAGCAACAACAAGGUCAAGAGCAGCAGGAGGGGGAGGAAGGGGAGAGGCCUGGCGAGGUGUUGGGGGAUCAGCGCCUCAACCGGAGACCUUUCGCUGAGAAACUGUGCCCCUCGUGCCCAGUAGUACGGCCAGUGUUCCUGUGUGGCUCCGACAACCGUACCUACUCCUCACUGUGUCGCCUCGAGUACCACAACUGUAUACACCACGCUAAGGUCCGCAUGGCCUGCAAGGACUUCUGCCCAUGUAAAGACCCCAACUCUCACACGGCCAAGAAGGAGCGUCAGCGUGAGAGACUCGACGCUUACAUCAACAAACUCCGAGCCAUCAAGGACGAACCCAGCACCCCGUCCAUCUCCUCCGCCUCCCCCUCCUCCCCAGAAUCAUCCUCUUCCUCCUCCUCUUCUUCAUCAUCUUCCUCUACAGCCUCCUCCUCCUCCUCCGGUAGACCAGACGACAGGGACAACACAACCCGUGGCCGCUUGCGGGAGCCCCAGCAACAGGCACACAACAGAGACAACAGUGGUAACAACAGGCGCGACAAACACAACAGGGACGGCGACAAGUACAAUAACCGAGUCCGCAGUCGUCUGACCAGAGUCAAGAACAAUUACAAGAACGGCAAGAACAGUGACCACGAAAAGAACAACAAGUACAGCGGCAAGUACGCCAAAGAGACGUACAGAGAGACGGACAAGUACAGCGGACAGAGGCGUCAGUGGGCACGCCGCAGUAAUGACGCCGCUCACAAAACAACCAACACUGUCUGGGGACCUAAUGAGUGUACACAGGACGCGCUAGAGGCCAUGGGUAACCGUAUGCUGGACUGGUUCUCCGUUAUCAUGGCCGACGCUCGCAGCCGAUCCAACGCCGCCACUAAAGCUCCGUCGUGGUGUAAACCCGAGGUGUCGUGGAUGUUGGGUCACCUGGACACAGACGGGGAUGGACGCCUCAGUGUGAAGGAACUCUAUCAGCUGGAACACGACGACCAUGAACGGUGCAUCAAGCCUUUUAUUGAUCGAUGUGAUCUUGACAGGGACAUCUUCCUGUCAGCACGGGAGUGGUGCAAAUGUUUUGACAAGUCAGAGCGGCCGUGUGCUGCUCUCCGUAAGGCCAGCAAGGGCCUACUUGGAGGGUACAUCCCAGAGUGCGACAGUGAGGGCUACUACCAGGCCACACAGUGUCACGCAGGGGCCGGUGUCUGUUGGUGCGUCGACAGGCACGGUGUUGAGCUCCCCAAAACACGCACUCGCGGCACACCUAACUGCGAUGCGAUAGUGAACAGCGAGGAAGUGAGUAACUACGUGGACGACGACGCAGAGGACGGUGAUGACGAGAUGGACAUCGUGGAAGGCAGUGCUGACAUGCCCCUGGACAUCUAAGCACCGCUCCAGCACCUCCUGGCUGCUCACACCGCCACGCUGCCCUCGUCCACCCACCCAUCACUCCACUAACCUGUGACACCUGACACCGCCACUCAUGAUAACUCAAUGACUUCUGUGUGAGACAGUGACAACAACACAGAGGUAAAGAAGAAAUAUAAAGGCAGGGAAAUAUUUGGCCGAGGCAGCUGGCGGUUUAUGACACCAAACAAACCAGUGUGACUGGAGAGAAACACUGGCCCAUGGCGUGUACAGAGUGUCCUCACUAACCAUCAACCCCCAGCCCAUGACCCAUACACGGCUGGGGGAGAGUGUACAAGUGUGUGUCAACAAGACUCUCGACCACAACCCCCCCUGGCCCACAGCCCAUCAUGGGGCCUGGGAGGGGGGUGAACAGUACACCUGUUACCUAAUAUAAACAUUCCAUGAGCACAAUCCCCCCUGGCCCACACCCCAUCAGGAGGCUGGGGGAGGGGGGUGUACAAGAGUGUCAGCCACACCUACACCUUGUGAUACUCCCUCUCAUUCUACGGACACUCAUUUAAAUACAUUAUUACCGUAUCAGUAAAUUAUAAACCUGUGUUUGAUCAUCAUUCUGAUGCAGUUUUCUUAGGCUUGGAGUAGCUGGGUAAUUAAUUAACGUGUCUUGAUCUCAUUAUAUAAAAAUACAUAAGUACGAGUUGAAUGAUAGACUAAGAAUGUGUACAUACAACACCUGGCCGGUAACCUCAACAACUUGCGGUGUUUACUUCACUUAUGUUCAAGUCUUAACUUAUAAACGGGACGCAACAUUAUCACUUCAUUAACGUCAGAGUGUGUAAUGUACGUCACGACAAGAAGAAUGUAUGGAGACAUUUUCUCCUAUUUAAGAUAUACUGUAGUGAUAUAUGAACAGUUACACACCUGCACACACUAUACAAUAGAGAUAAGCUGUACAAACUUACCAUAUCUGUAAAAAGUCCAGAGUUUCCUCAAACAGUCCAAAUAUUCAGGAGACUAAGAAUUAACGAGACCCUGAGAGUUAAUGAGGCGUAACUGUUCGAUAACAACUAAGAGUGAGAUGUUUUACCUGUGAAAAUACUCUUCCCUUUAUACCACACUACACCACACCACACCACACCACACUACACCACACCACACCACACCACACGACACUACACUACACUACACAAUAUAGAUAUUACUUAAUAGUAUAAAUUAUUGGUAGUGUUAAGUUUCUUAUCAUUGUUAAACUGAGAGUAAAUACAGAUCUUUUUUCCCUCUAUUUUUGAACACGUCUCAGUUACUGUCCUUAUGUACUGUACUGUUGGUCUACCUCGAGUACAUUACAGUAGGUUACAUUACAGUAGGUUAUAGUACAGCAAGUUACAUUACAGUAGAUUACAGUACAGCAA